AGCUGGACACUAUCGCAUCACAUCGCUGACAGAGAAGCGGGGCGUGGAACAGUUUAUGUCAGCGAAUCUAGAUCAGCCGUAAGCUCAAAAACCAGUCGAACUAACAGGGAUUUUAAUCACCACAGAGACGAGAACACAGCUGAAGAUGAGUGCUGCUCAGAGUGAAACAACCCUGAAGGCCAAACUGAAGGCCCUGGAGUGUCACUUCAACUGGGAUCUGGACACCAACAGGUCCAAACUUUUACGUCUCAGAGACGUGCUGGUCGACAUCGGUACUGAGGAGGGCAACAGUUGGCUGGGUCACAUUUACAACCUGCAGGGAUACAUUCACUACCAGCUGGGGUCCACUGAUGACGCCAGGAGUUUCUUCAGCAGAGCUGCCGAGGCCUUCCGCCAGACCAGAAAAACAGGGUCAGAUGAGGGUCCCUGGCUGAUGGUGAACUACGGGAACCAGGCUUGGCUGCACUACCAUCAGGGGGAAGAAGCAGAGAGUCAGGACUGCCUGUCAAAGGUCGAUGCCCUGAUGAAUGAAUACCCGUCUCCAUCGCAGGAUGAGCUCCAUCCAGAGAUCUACGCUGAAAAAGCCUGGACUCUGAUGAAGUUCAGCAAAGAUAAAAAGCUGCUGGCUGCAGAUUACUUCCAGAGAGCCAUCAGGAUGCAGCCAGACAUGGUGGAGUGGCAGACCAGCCAUGUGGUAGGGUUAGCGAAUGCUUUUAAGCACAGUGACACAGGCCUAGGGGCUGACGUCUUGGAGAAAAUGAGAAAAGCCAAAGAACAGGAUCCUGAGAACCUGUACCUUGCUGCUUGCUACCUUAUGCAACUUGCAAAGAAAGGAGAAGAAACUGAAGAUGAAGCACGUGAGUUAGCCAGAAAGAUUUUGAGAAAUCCUGUCAGCAGUUACAGCGGAUUCAAAGCAAUUCUAAGGGUUUACAGAACCUAUGGCUCCAUUGAUGAGGCCAUUGAAUUGGCAGAGGAGGCUCUGGAAAACCAUCCAGAUGCACGUUAUCUGAAAAGAUGUGCUGCACUCUGCUACAAAUGGAAGAUCAUUUUCUCCAGGGACAGUCGUCCAAAGCAAAGCAUGAUAGACAGAGCAGUCAGUCUCUACAAGGAGGUGAUUUCUCUUUACCCUCAUUCUUCAUUUGUAAAGAGAAUAGACCUUGCUAAUAUAUACGCAAAGUCAAAUCACGGCCUGGCUAAAGCUGAGCAGAUGUACCAGGAGCUGCUGGAACGUAAACUGGAACCUGCAGAGCAACAGGUGCUUUACAACAACUAUGCAAAAUAUCUAAACUUUGAGCGACAGGAGCGCAACAAGUCAGUAGAGUAUCACAUGAAGGCGGCAGAGAUACCGGUACAAUCCUUCUUUCGAGAGAACAGCAUCACAGCUCUGGAGAAGAUUAAAAACAGAAGAAAGAACCGAAUGUGGAGAGAAAUCGAGGUGUUUCUGGCAAACCUGGAAGAACCGUAGUGUUUUUAACAGCACUGGAUCUAAAUCCCCAAAGAAAUAUAGAUAUUCCAUUACCAAAAAUAUCUGGAUAUAUGCAUUACUUUGACUUACAUACACAUUAGGUAAACUAGCAAUGGAAGGAAUGGAAGUGAGAGCAGAGGAUGUUUUUUGGUGAGGUCAGUGGAAGACAAAGGAUGCUGGAACGGAGAAAAAAAACAUUAACAACAACCUUUAACAACUGUAAAGUUGCCAACAGUAAUAAUAAACGACCCGAAUAACUUUAAUAACAGUGGCUCCUUUACUUAAGAUCCAAUCAGAUUCAUCCUGUUAAUGCCUGGACUUUUACGUAUAAUGGUGUAAUAAUGGUGCUCGCCAUAUUCCUGGUGUUUUAAUUCCUUAACACUGUAUUAGACGUUUAUAACAGAACAUAAUACACUGCAUGAAAUUUGCUUUUCUGUAAAAUUUUGUUAGUGUUUUAUUUGAUGUAUAACCUGUAUCUCAUCACUAUAGGAGAAAAACAGCUGAUUGCAUGCACAGGACAUAUGUUAAACUGUGUCUCAGUUGUACACUGCACUAACAAUAUUAAAUAUAUACUAUGUGUACUAAGAAAUCUUGCUUAAUUUUCUUCUUUUGGUCCUUAACAUUAAAUGUGGAAACUUAAAGAGGGGAGAGGAAUGAUAAAAAUGGGCUAGUAUGGAAUAUCACUG